AUGUCUACAGUAGCCACAGACCAGCAGCCCAUUCCUCCUUCAUCGUCAGACUCAGCCCCCGCCACACCCACCGGAGGAAAAAUCGGCUUGUUCAAUCGCAAGAAGAAGUCCGCCGUAAAUCUCGGGUCUUCACCCUCACUUGACAAUCUCGUUUCGGGCUCGGCCGGCAGUUCCCUAAAAAGCGGCCAGAGUAGCGAAAGUCUUCAGGAUAAGGCUCCAACCGAUUCGGGCCCAGGCUCAACUGGUAGCGGGGGAAAGGGUAUUAAGAGCAUAUUCAAACGGAAAGGGGCCAGGAGUGAAAACGGGUCAGGAAGCGGCUCCAUUGGGAGCAUCAAGGAUGGUGAGAGGACCGACGAGAACGAGGGUGGAGAACAUAAGGAGCGAGCCAGUGAGGAUGAUGGCGUUUUGUCCUAUGAUUCGGAAACAGAAGCCAACUCUCCACCACGUCCCAACACUGCUGGUGUCUUGACACCUUCAAAGAAGUCUAAUGAGCCAAUGCCCAGCAAGCCAGUAUACGCCGCUACAUUCUCACAAGCUACCGGCACAAUAGCGAGUUCAGGAACAGCUGUGAACAACCUGUCCGAGAAACCAGCUCCUAGAAGUGCCGCAGACAUCUUCAAGGCACCGUUCCGCCGUGGAACCUCUCCGACCCCCUUGGAGAAAGAGGAUCCCCUCACGAAAAACGGAGGAAUGCCGAAUAAGCUAGCUUGGGUGAAUACGAACCUUCCGGCCCCUAGCGAGACCUCCGAAGUCAGGCCCGCAACCUCAGGAGGCGAGUCUAGGAGGUCCGAAGACCGUGGACGGCGCACGGGCCGCACAUCCGUCGGCACCUCCGAUGCUAGCGAAAUACCUCUCGGGCAAGAGAACCCCUCAUCAAACGCGCCCCGGAACGGUCGGGCAUGGCCAGGUGGAAUAAUAACUAAGGACCAUGCUUCGCCUGGUACUCUUGCAGACCCAUAUAACCCAGAUGGAACCGUUGUCCAAACAACAGUUACCCCGCCUACUCCGACUGACGGCUCGGGUCAUUUCUCUCCAAAGAGUCCAGUAGGCGCAGUAGUCUCUGGAGGUACGACGCGGACGCGAAAUCGAACAAACUCCUUAAGCGGAACCCCAAGUAAGCUUUCGCAAAGCAUGACUGCACCACUAACACCUACAAGCGAGACGCCUCUCCCCAAGGAAAGCGGAUCACCGGGCGGUACCAACCAGGCUGGGACGGGAGGUUUCUUUCAAAGUAUGUUUUCAGCUGCACAGACCGCUGCCACGACAAUCAGCAAUAGUAUCGCCAACACAAAUUUGGCGAAUAAUGGCCCCGGUGGCCGUCCUAGAACUGCAACAGGAUUGUCGGACAAGAGUGAUCAUGACAAGGAAAACAUUGCUCACGGAGGCUCAGAGGCAGAUCGGAGGGCAGAGCCUCAGAGAAGGUUAGCGGUUGAGACACUGGGUCAUGGAGAACUUAGCUUGGGAAGUUUGGGCAUAUUGCCUAGUCCAAAGAGGGUGCCCGAGGGAGGAAACUCCGUAUCAAGAUCUAAUAACAGUUCAGAUGGCGACCAGGCUGCCCCGCAUAAUGAUUCACACGCUUCAGACCCCCACAGCGCCACGAGCAUGAAGUCGCCGACACCUUUCUCUGCUAUCAGCAACCAAGAUAUGAAUUUUGAAACCGCCGCCAACAGUCCCAUAAAUCAUACUACAAGGAUGAGUGAUCCCCAAAGGACGGUCAGAACACCUGUUGCAGAAGAUUCCGCUUUUCAUAGUGGUUCGCAUAGAGAUAGCCUUCCAGCUGCCGGGACUAUGACUCCUGAACGAAGCGGUAUACUGGCUACGAAUGAAAUGGAUGAUGCAUGGUUCGGCGAUGGUGACAGACGGCGAUCUGGUAGCGUGAAGAGUUCCACCGGAGUUGGGAGGAAACGUGGCUCUUCUGCUGCAUCUGGUGGAAAUGUACAGCCCGCUCCUAAACCGACUGGGUUUGCAGUGGCAAGCAAGAAGAGGAAUCGUGAUUUCCACAAUCUGUUCAGAUCAGUACCAGAGGAUGAUUAUCUUAUUGAAGAUUAUGGAUGUGCGCUUCAGAAGGAGAUUUUGUUGCAGGGAAGGUUCUACGUUUCUGAGGGUCACAUUUGCUUUAACUCGAAUAUUUUUGGGUGGAUAAAUACUUUGGUUAUCAGUUUUGACGAAGUCGUAAGUGUCGAGAAGAAGAGUACUGCGAUGGUGUUUCCGAAUGCAAUCGUAAUUCAGACGUUGCACGCUCGUCAUGUCUUUGCGAGCUUUAUUUCUAGGGACAGCACAUAUGAUCUUAUUGUUGGGAUCUGGAGAAUUGGGCAUCCGCAGCUUGUGGCAAACCUAACUGGCGUCAGGCUAGAGGAAAGUGGUGCUACAGGCGAAGUAGAAGAACAAGAGCAGGCUGAUGGUGGAAGUGAGUACGAGGAAGAUGAAGACGAGGAUGAGUACGAGGAUGAUAGCGAUGAGGACCUUGGAGAGAGUUACACCGACGCCGGGGAUGGCCUUUUGGAUACAAAAGCCAAUGGGGACGCUACUGCUUCAAAAACCGUAAGCAGAAAAGUCAGCCAACAGCCCGUUGGGGGGGGAGCUACCAGUGGCGAAGCGGCGGCUCCUGGAGCGGCUCCGGCUGCAGAUUACCCUGGCCCGGCGACUCAUCCUCCGACUGUAUGCACCGAUGCAGCCGACCAUGCUCACUAUGAUAAACCACUUUGCGACGAAAUUAUCCCAGCGCCUUUAGGACAGGUCUAUUCGCUUGCUUUUGGGCCUGGGAGUUAUCCAUUCAUUUCACGCUUUCUUGCAGAGGAGGAAAAGGUUCUCGACAUUCAAAUUCCAGAUAAGGGCGAGUGGACAGAAGGAGAGGGUGGAAAAAAGGUUCGAUCGUUCUCUUACAUCAAGCCUCUUGGUGGACCGAUAGGACCAAAACAGACAAAGUGCCUCAUCACUGAGACGAUUGAAUUCUGUGAUCUGGAGGAUCAUGUGAGCGUUGUCGUAGCCACACAAACACCAGAUGUUCCGUCGGGAAAUGUGUUUGUGGUUAAAUCAAAAUAUUGUCUUAUGUGGGGCGAGGGGGGUCACACGAGAAUGAUUGCGAAUUGUACAGUAGAGUGGUCAGGAAAGAGUUGGCUAAAAGGUCCUAUUGAAAAGGGUGCCAGCGACGGGCAGAUUGCCUACAACGCAGAUCUUAUCAAAGCUCUGAAAACAGAGUGUUUGCCUAAGGAGCCCGUUAGUAAGGCCGCCAAACUUAAGGGCAAAAAGAAGCGAAAGGCUAUGGAAGCUAAGGGAGAGGCUAUUGGCCGGUCUGUCGGCGGAACUGUCAAGGGGCGUGUAGCUCAAGCCGCUGGAUUUUCUAGCCCUGCCGAGAUGGAGAGCUGGGGCCUUAUCAUCAUCUGUGUCCUUGUCGUUAUGCUUUUCAUGUCUCGACGUGGGAAUCAACAGGCUUCCGUGACUGUUAUUAGAAAUGGCCCAGCUGGUGGUGCUCAAUAUUGGGACCAGGCUUGGCAGCGAGAGGAAGAAGGCCUCUGGGAAUGGCUCGAGGACCGUUCAGGGCUUGGCGGUGUAGGGGAUAUUGGUAGAGGCCGUCGGAUGGAUUCAUUUGAGAGGGUUCUAGGUAACCGAAGAGGUGCCAUUUCCAAAGGGAUGAAAGAGCGGGAGGUCGAGGAGGCGAUAGGUAUCAUGGAGGAGCGACUUGAAACGCUCAAAAAGGUGGUUGAAGGGAGGAAGGUUAAGAACCCAGAGCUUUGA